CAGCAACAUCAGAUUUGUGUCUCACAGAAGAAGUAACAAAAACCUGAACCUCAAUUAGACAGGCUUGAGUCUUUGUUGGCAGAAUGGAUUCAAUAUUUUCUUUAAUUGGAUCGUACGUGGCCUGGGAUUUCAAAAGUCUGCUGCUCUUUACGACAGUUUUCAUCCUCACCGCAGAUUAUAUCAAAAACCGUCGGCCGGCCAACUUCCCUCCAGGACCCCGGGAAUUACCCCUUGUGGGCAACAUAUUCACUGUGGACCACAACAGGACCCAUGAGAGUCUGACACAGUUAGCUGGGAAAUAUGGAGAUGUGUACAGUCUGCGAAUGGGCCAGACAAGGAUGGUGGUGUUAAAUGGAUUUGAGGUUCUGAAAGAAGCUCUGGUAAAUCAGGGAGACAGCCUAGUGGACCGCCCAGACCUCCCUCUGCAGCAGGACGCAGCCCAUGGACUAGGUAUAAUUUUCAGCAGUGGGAACCUAUGGAAGCAGCAGAGGCGUUUUGCACUUUCAACUCUCAGAUAUUUUGGAUUCGGCAAGAAGUCACUUGAACCUGUCAUCUUGGAUGAAUUUACACAUUGUGCAAAAGACAUCAGCAGCUAUAAAGGUAAGCCAUUCGACCCACACCUCAUCAUUAACAAGGCCGUCUCCAACAUCAUCUGCUCCCUGGUUUUUGGUCAUCGAUUCAAGUACGUUGAUGAGAAGUUCAUGAAACUUAUGAAGUGGUUUGACAAAGCUCUCCAGAUUGAAGGCUCUAUCUGGGCACAGCUUUACAACUCAUUCCCUCUGCUGAUGAGACGUUUGCCAGGGCCACAUCAGACAUUCCUGCACAUCUGGGAAGACACAAAAGACUUUAUAAGAGUAGAGCUUAAGGAGCACAAACAGAAGUGGGAUCCCUCAGACCUAAGAGACUUCAUUGACCGCUACCUGAAUGAGAUUCAGAUGAGUAAAGGGCAGGCUGACAAUACUUUUGAUGAGGAAAACCUGGUUAUAUGUGUCUUGGAUCUUUUUGUGGCUGGCUCUGAAACAACGUCCACCACCCUGCGCUGGGCUUUCCUCUACAUGGCAAAGUACCCUGAGAUCCAGGCAAAUGUCCAGGCUGAGAUAGACAGAUUGAUUGGACAGUCCAGACAGCCAUGCAUGGAAGAUCGGGCAAACCUGCCCUACACUGACGCUGUCAUCCACGAGGUCCAGAGGAUGGGAAACAUAGUUCCUCUCAGCCUGCCUCAUGUUACCAGCAGGGACAUCCAGCUUAGAGGCUACACUGUCCCAGAGGGAGUUACAGUAAUUCCCAAUUUGACCUCGGUGCUGUUCGACAAGAAUGAGUGGGAGACGCCCGUCACCUUCAACCCAGGACACUUUCUAAAUGCGGAGGGAAAGUUUGUGAAGCGAGCUGCUUUCAUCCCUUUCUCUGCUGGUAAGCGGCUGUGUCUCGGGGAGAACCUGGCCAGGAUGGAGCUUUUCCUCUUUUUCACCUCCUUCAUGCAGCGCUUCACCUUCUCCAUGCCUGCUGGAGUGAAGCCUGUGAUGGAUUACCGCUUUGGUGUCACUCUGGCACCGCAUCGAUAUGAAAUCUGUGCAAUCUCACGCUAAGAGAAGCUCUGACAUCAAAUCAACACUAAUACAAGCAAUAAUUUAAAAAAAAAUAUGAUAGGGUUAAUAUUUUGCACUUUGCAUGCAUUUUGUUUUGAUUGAUUGAUCGUUUCCAAUCAUAGCUAACUAGCUUAGCCUGGCUCAAUAGUUUUAUAUUUUUGUAAAUGAAUUUUUCAUUUAUGAAGAUAAAUGAAAAAAUCAUUUAUUAAUUAAAUUAAUUUACAUUAGUCACUUUGAAUGCUGAUUGCAUUAAAACAUCAUCAUAGCAUGAAAGUUAAAUGAUCAUUUUAAAUACUCAAAUGUUGUCACUGGUUGUUAAAAUCCCAAAACAAUGAAGCUAAGAUAAUAAUACUAAGUGUGGAAUUUAACAGGCGCCUACAUUAUUAAUAGAUUUCUGUUGCUGUGUGAUGUAUUAAAAAAAGGUAAUCUUAGAUUUCUAAGACAUGCCUCAGAAAAUAUGGUGGUCAGUGUCUACAUCUAUGAUCUAUACGAUCUAGUAUCCAUAUAUUUAUAUAUAUAUAUAUAUAAUUAAGCUAAAACACUGCGUACUGUAGAAUUGGAGAGUAAGAUGAUCUUUGUGGUUUUGUCACUGCAGCUUUUUUUUAAUCGUUUAUCAAAAAAAACUAAUGGAGCUUAGUAGUAUUGACGAAAAAGGUAGAAAAAAAUAAAUAAAUGUUGGCUAACUGUAUUCAGAGACCUGGAGGGAUGGGCUGUAUGUAGAUGUGGUCUGCCCCUUUUUACAGUCAUUUAAUUGUGAAUAAAAACAUGUUCGUAUGUUUGCAAACA